CCUCCUUUUUAGUUUUCUCUAUACAAAAAGAGAUUAGUGGCCAGAUAAAAAAGAAACAAAAUAAUGAUGCAAAAUUUGAGAAAGAAUGGUGUGAGACUGAAUACUUAAUUAUAAAGGAAUCAAUAAUACUCCUAUUUGCACCACAAAAUGCAAAGGCUAUGACACCAAAGAAAGCAAGAAUGUAAAGAGCUCAACACAUUAUUAUGCUAAUAAACUACACCAAUCAUCAAACAUCACAUAUCCAAAGUACACUAAUCCAAAACCUCACUCUUUAUCCCUUUGCUUUAAUAAUCAUUAUCUUCCCUAGUGAGCUUGUCAUGAAUUAAUCACCCUAUACCUUAUUUUCAUCAACACAUAUAAACCCAACUCCUCCAAAUCCUAUCCACAUCCACUCAUUUCACUUCAAUUCAACAAUGGGUCUUCAAUUUUUCAACUUAAUCCUCUUCAUCUUAUGGGCUUCACCAUUGGCACAUUCUAGAAACAUACCCCACAAUGCCAAAACUACACUACUCAAUGUUGCUGAUUCCAUUCAAAAAACACACCAAGUUCUCAACUUCAACCAAAACAACCUUAAACAACAACAACAACAUAAGAGUUAUGUUUCUUCUUUAUCAUCGUCAUCAACACUCUCUCUACAACUACAUUCAAGAGCAUCCAUUCAUAAAUCUUCACAUGCUGACUAUAAGUCACUAACAUUAUCCAGACUCGACCGUGACUCAGCCCGAGUCAAAUUCAUAGUGACUCAGUUAGAUCCAAAUUUCAAUGCAGAGAAACUUUCUGGUCCCAUUAUCUCCGGAACGAGUCAAGGUAGCGGCGAGUACUUUUCCCGACUCGGAAUCGGUGAGCCACCGAGUCAAGCUUACAUGGUGCUUGACACUGGUAGUGACAUAAGCUGGGUACAAUGCGCACCCUGCGCCGAUUGUUAUCGCCAAGCCGAUCCAAUUUUCGAGCCGACUUCAUCAGCUUCUUACACGCCGCUAACUUGUGAAGCCAAUCAAUGCAAAUCGCUAGACCUAUCUCAGUGCCAUAACGGUAACUGUCUCUACGAAGUUUCCUACGGUGACGGCUCUUACACCGUAGGUGACUUCGUUACGGAGACGGUUACAAUCGGCGCGACUUCAGUUCAGAAUAUAGCCAUCGGCUGCGGUCAUAAUAACGAAGGUUUGUUCGUUGGUGCAGCCGGCUUACUCGGCUUAGGUGGCGGCCCACUUUCUUUUCCGGCUCAGCUUAAUACGACGUCGUUUUCAUAUUGUCUAGUAGAUCGUGAUUCUGAUUUGGUUUCAACCCUAGAGUUUGACUCACCGUUUUCUCGUAACGCCGUUACCGCGCCGUUACGGCGUAAUCGUCAAUUAGACACGUUUUACUAUGUUGGACUCGUUGGGAUAAGUGUCGGCGGGGAGUUACUUCCGAUUCCGGAGACAAGUUUUCAGGUAGAUGCCACCGGAAGUGGAGGGAUAAUUGUUGAUUCCGGCACGGCGGUGACACGGUUGCAGAGUGACGUGUAUGACAUUGUUCGUGAUGCGUUCGUGAAUGGAACGAAGGAUUUACCGGAGACGAAUGGUGUUUCGUUGUUUGAUACUUGCUAUGACCUGUCGGCGAAGACAAGUGUGGAGGUUCCGACGGUGGCGUUUCAUUUUGGGGAAGGGAAAGUUUUGGUGAUGCCGGCGAAGAAUUACCUGGUACCGGUUGAUUCGGUGGGGACAUUUUGUUUUGCAUUUGCUCCAACGACGUCGUCUUUGUCGAUAAUUGGGAAUAUUCAACAGCAAGGGACACGUGUCAGUUUUGAUAUUGGAAACUCGCUAAUUGGAUUUACUCCUAACAGUUGUUAAUUGAUUGGUUAGAAUGUAACCGUUACAUAGGAUACGAUGUGUUAAUGUUUUUUCACGUGUUAGUUAAUGAAUGGGGGGGGGGUCCAUUUGGACAAAGGUUGCAAUGUUGAUAUGCAUGAGCAUGACCACCUGAAUGGAGUCUCUUUAGUAAAUUAAGUGGCUGUUUGUCAGUUUGGGGUUAUCAUUGUAGUCCCUCUCUGCCUGCCAUAUAUUUUUAAUUAAUUCUUAGUAUUUAUAAAUUUAAUUAAAUUUUAACCA